CACCCGUCCAACCACCCCCGCUUGCCAGACACCGCCGAAUUAAAUCUGAUAGCGGCAGCUACGCUAGUCAUCAACAUGGUGGACAUCAACUUGGAGUGUGUGCACCAGAUAGAGCCCAAGAGCCGCACCACGGGCCAGCAGCAGCAGGAUCUGAAGGAAGCCUACCUAGAGGCGGUGCGGAUUCUCCUAGUGCUGCUAGAGAAUGUCUUGGCACAGCCGGAGAACUCCAAGUUCCGCACCAUACGGCUGGAGAACAAAACGAUCAAGGAGAAGCUGCUCACCCUGCCCGGUUGUGACAGGCUGCUGGACGCCAUUGGCUUUGUCCGCGCCCCCGGCUCCAACGCCUACAUCUUGCCCACUGGAGUGUCCCUGCAGCAGGUGCAGAAGUACCGGGAUGCCCUGAGCGAACGGCGCUCCGCCUGGCUGAGCGGAACUGUGCCGAAGAGGUCUUCCAUAGGUCCGCCCCAACAAAGCGCCGCCAGCAACACGCCCUCGCCGUUGUUCAUCAAGCCCUCGGUGGAGUAUCGCCAGCGAAUCGCGUUUCCCCUUGUACUGCGCACCUCCAAUAACUUUCUGCAGUCGCUGGAACUGUACUCCGAUGCAGUCAUGCAGUACGAGGACGUGCUGCUGCUGGCCACUGGUCGUACUUUAAUCCCCGUGGACGAGCUAACCGACAAGGCGAGCGAGAAGUUAGUAGACAUGCAGGAACGGAUUGCAUCGGGCGAGUGCCAGGAGAAGGAACCCUGCGUUCGAGACCUGCUGCUCGUGGAGCUGGUCAACUGGUUUAACACGGAGUUCUUUCAGUGGGUAAACAAUAUACCCUGCCGCGUGUGCGGCAGUGACGAAAGCAAGCUGCGACGCACCCAGCGGGAGGGCGAUGUUCGGGUAGAGGUUACAGUCUGCUGCGGCCUGGAAACCAAGUUCUACCGCUACAAUGACAUCUCCCAGCUAUUGGUCUCGCGCAAGGGCCGAUGCGGAGAGUAUGCCAACUGCUUUACAUUCCUCUGCCGCUGCCUGGACUACGACGCACGCAUUGUGCACUCACACUUUGACCACGUGUGGACCGAGGUGUACUCGGAGUCACAGACGCGAUGGCUGCACGUGGAUCCCUCCGACAACGUGGUGGAUUCGCCGCUGAUGUAUCAGCACGGCUGGAAACGCCAUAUCGACUACGUACUUGCCUACUCGCGGGACGACAUACAAGACGUAACUUGGCGCUACACGAACGACCACCAAAAGAUCCUACAGUUGCGCAAGCUGUGCAGUGAAAAAGAACUGGUGCAGACGCUGGAGGCGAUUCGCACCAAACGACGACGAAAUUGCACCGCCGAGCGAAGAUUGUUCCUCGGGCAACGCAAUAUGUACGAGGUCAUCGGCUUGACCCUGGAGCGCACACCGACGGAAAACGAGCUGAAGGGCAGGAGCUCUGGCAGUCUGUCUUGGCGGCAAUCGCGGGGAGAACACACUUUCACUAACAUUUUUGUAUUCACUCCGAAAGAAGCCGAGUCGCAAAAACGACAGCUUAAUUUGCGUUACAGCUGCGCCACCGACACAUACGAACGAUAUGUCAAAGAUGAAGAACGUGUCACUAUUCUGGAUACCUAUAAAACCUGGCAAAAAGCGCAGUUUUCCUCGAAGAAUAUAUUUCGAAAAGUGGAACGCGAUUGGAAGAUGGCUUAUUUGGCGCGAGUGGAGGAUACUGAUUGCGCUGAAAUUGUCUGGAAGUUCGAUUUCAGCCAAACCAAUCUGAAGGUAAAAUCCUACAGCUUGGUUUUCGAGACGAAAACUUUUGGUGAAGGAAAAAUCGCUGUGACCGUUGAAGCCAUCGAUGGAAACACUUCCGUUGAAAAUUCCACUGGAUUCCAGAUUGUGGCCAAGCUGUCGGGUGGCAAGGGCGACGUUGCGUGGCAGCACACCCAGCUCUUUAGACAGAGUCUGAAUUCCCGAGACUACCCCUUCGAACUCCAGGUGGACUUUCACUAAACUUUCCUAAAAAUAUAUUCCAAAUCAAAGUAUAAUUGUAAAUAAGCAUGUACGAUUCCCAGUCCGGAUGAAAAUGUUGAAUAUAAUAAUGGAUAAUUUAUAUUAUAUGUAAGAUCAUGGCACAUAGUGUCGCAGUAAUAAUACAUAAAGCCUAAGAGCAUUGGUCUUAGAUCCCAGAAACAAAAUUCAAGUAAGAACAAGUUUGUAAUCUAUGACUAACUAUCUUAA